UAUAAUGUUGGCCACAACAUUAUGAGUCCUCCUUGUCUGUACUUUAGUAUUUUUCACCGUUUGUGGAGAAACAUUAAAACCAAGUUCAACGGUAGCGUGAUGAAUUCUUUCUUCCCCCCCUUCCCCGAAAAUAAAACCGGUUGUUUAACGCGCCCCCGCCCCCCCUCCCCGCCUGUAACGCUGUGAACGGUUGUGACGGUUGUUUUUUUAAAUAAAAUUCCCGCUGUUUGUAACCGCACCAUUGCUGGCCUUUCUUGAGAGCACCCCUGGGAGCCGGGGGGGCGCGGCCCCCGGGCCCGGGCCGGGGCAGCUUGCCAUGGCCGACCCCAGCCACAUCCAGUCGGCCGCCUCCAAGAGCAUCCGCCCCUUCCGCUCCAGCGAGGAGUACCUGGAGGCCAUGAAGGAGGAUCUGGCCGAGUGGUUCAACACCCUCUACGACCUGGACAUCCAGGUGGACACCUUCCUGGAGAGCCUGGAGACGGGAUGUCACCUCUGCCGCCAUGCCAACAACGUCAACCGCACCGCCCUGGACUUCCAGGAGCGGCACCCCGAGGCGGCCGCGCGCAUGCGGGUGCCCCAGAACGAGGUGGUCUUCCAGGCCAAGAACGUGGUGCCCGGCUCCUUCAUCGCCCGGGAUAACGUCUCCAACUUCAUCCAGUGGUGCCGGCAGGACCUGGGCAUCCAGGACGUGCUCAUGUUCGAGACCAACGACUUGGUGCUGAAAAAGAACGAGAAGAACUUUGUCCUCUGCCUGCUGGAGGUGGCCAGGAGGGGCUCCAAGUUUGGGAUGCUGGCCCCCAUGCUGAUCCAAAUGGAGGAGGAGAUCGAGGAGGAGAUGAGGGACCAAAUGGCCGACGGCGCGCUGGGCUCGCGCCGGGAGAGCCGGGACCCCCAGGCGGGCGCCUACCCCAGCCGGGCCCGGCCCAUCACCCUGUGCGACCUCAAGAACCUGGACGAGCUGGUGAGACACGCGCUCCCCUGGGAGCCCUGUGCCUGGGUGCGGGAGAUCCUGGGCUGCUGCUCCUGCCCCUCGCAGUUCCCCAUGGUCAAGGUCUCGGAGGGGAAGUACAAAGUGGGCGACUCCAACACGCUCAUCUUCGUCCGAGUGCUGCGGAGCCACGUCAUGGUGCGCGUGGGCGGCGGCUGGGACACACUGGAACAUUACCUGGACAAGCACGACCCGUGUCGCUGUGCUGCCCUCUCUCACCGCCUGCCCCAGCCCCGCAUCCCGGGCAUGUCCCCCCAAAAAGCAGCUCCCGGCACCUCCUCGUCCCGCGCCUCCAGCCCCAGCACCCCCCGGCGCCCCCGGCCCGCCGGGCCCCCCCCGGCCGGGGCGGAGCGGGAGCGGGGCCCCCAGCCCCGGGGGGACCCCCCGAAGCCCCCCAGGCAGGAGGGUUUGCCCCCCCGCGGGGGUGCCCCCCCCCGCUCCGGCAGCCCCUCCAGGAGCCCCGCGGAGCCGCGGGGAGCGGGGACGCUCAGGCCGCGCGCUCCCGCUCGCUCCCGGCGCUGCUCGGGCGACAGCGACUCCUCGGCCGCCAACGCGCAGAGCGGCCCCCGCCGCCCCCCGGCCCGCCGGGACCCCGCGGACCCCCCCGCUCCGGGCUCCCCCCGCACCCCCCGCGCCUCCCGCAGCCCCGGGCGCGGCCCCGCGCCGCUGCUGCUCAUCCGCCGCCGGCCCGACGGGCAGCACUCGUGGGCACGGGCUGAGUCCCCCGCGGCCGGGGCCGGUCCCGCGGGGAGCCCCGGGGGACGGCGCGACCCCCGGCCCGGCCCCGGGGACCCCGAGGAGCUGGCGCGGAGGCUGCGGGCCCCGCGCUGGCUGGAGCCCGGGCAGGAGCAGCGGCUGUUCCAGCGGCUGGAGGAGGAAUUCCUGGCCAACACGCGGCUGCUGGAGCAGCUGGGGGACACGGAGAGCCCCCCCCCCGCGCCCCCCGCCACCGCUGACUCGGCCUAUUGCUCCUCGUCAUCCUCGUCUUCCUCCCUGAACGUCUUCGCCAAGCACGGGCUGCCCGCCGAGGACGGGCGGCGGGGCGGGAGCAGCGAUGGGAACAACAACGGGAACAACGGCGGGUGCCCCCCGCUGCCGGCCAACCCCACCCUGGCAGAUGCGAGGCGCCGCUCCACCUUCUCCAGCUCCUCCGACGAGAGCUGCUGCUUCCCGGCCUCCUGGGACAACCGGGAGAGCGCGGGGAACCCCGGCUCCGACACCGACUGGGCCACCGGCGACGACGAGCUGAUAGAGAUGGAGGAGAGCCCCGGGCCGGGGGUCCCCGCGCCCCCGCCGCGGCCCUGGGCCAAGCCCCGGCUGGACACGCAGCCCCACAAGGCGCCCUCCCGGAUCCCCACGCCCCGGGGGUACGGGGCGGGCGCCCACCGGGCCCCGAACGGCAGCCCCAGGGCCUGGGGGGCUCUGCAGAGCGUCCCCUCCUCCCUCCUGGAGCCCCCCUGGGCCCCGCGGGAGCGCGAGGGGCUGGAGGAGAACGCGUGGCCGUGAGGGGCCGAUGGCCAUGGCAGCUCCUGGCAGCCCCUGGGGACGCCCCCGAGCUGCUGGGGAGGGUGGAGGCGGCACCUGAGUGGAGACGCCCGGCCCGCUGAUGGCCACAGAGCUGGGGGGGCCAGGACCUCUUCACGUGGUGACUGUUGGCAUUGGGGUGGGCCCUGCAAGGAGCCCCCAGCCCCAGCUGGGCCCAAAGGGUGCCAGGGUGUCCCCAUGCCCUGGGGAGCAGCUCCACAGGAGGGGCCGGCGUGCGGUCAGGGCAGUGGUGGCCAGAGCAGAGCUGGCAGUGGGGCUGGAGAGCAGCCAGUUCUUCUCUUCCUGGGCUCUUCAUCUCUCCUCAUUCUUCUCCACUUGUUCUCCUUAUCUUGACCUUCUCGUCUUCUCCUCCUCCUCUUGCUAUUCUUGUCAUCCUCCUCCUCAUCUUCUCUCUCCUCUCUUCCUUUGGGCUGCCUUCUCCUUGUCUUUCCUCCUCUUGGCCUUCACAUCCUUUUCCCUCAUCAUCUUCUCUUCUUGACCUUCCCCUCUUUUCUUCUUGGCCUCAUCAUCAUCACCUCCUUGGCCACUUUCUCAUCUCUCCUCUCCAGUCUCUCUUCUCUCCACCCCUGAGAGGACUUGGGCACAUGCAGUUUGUCACAAGCCCCAUUUCAGGGCAAGAGGAGGUCACUCUUCCCUCUCCAGCCCCCAGCUGGCCACAGCACUGCUCACAGCUCGUGUUGAUGUCCCCAGGGUGGGACAGGGCUGUGCCCCCACCCCUGCAUGUCCUCUCCAGCCAGUAAAGACCAACGGAGCUGA